GUCAAGGCUGAGGCCCUCAGCCGCCACAGCGAGUCUGCCUCAUGCAGGAGGGCGUCUUGUUGGGCUUUCUCGGCCACGUCAGUAACUUCAGCCGCGUCGCACGAGCGGGGCGGCACAACACCUAAUUAUUCCCCAAUAACACAACUUCCAUGAUCCAUUAAUUCAGACUCAUAGGAAAACAUGAAAUGGCGACUUCACCAUGCCGCGGAUCGAAGCGACGACGACUGGAAGAGCCGGGCGCGGGUGACUUCCAAGCGUAUUCUCAGCCUUGCCUGUCGUCAAUGGAUGUCCCCUUCAACGCCAAGGAAGCUGCAGGCAUAGAGCUGUGCAAUCGAGAGGGGCCUAUCAUGCACGAGGAUAUCGAAGACGGCAACGAGACUGUCUGCUUUGGCACGAUUCAUUCUAUAAGCGCUAGAUAUGAGCGGACGAGCACUCAUUCUCACACCUUUUACGUCAUUCUAGAGUCAUCCGAAAGGUUCAUCUCUGUGGAAGACCCCCGCUUACGCGGGCUUAUUCCUCCUCAAUAUGGACAGAUGAUCCAAGGGCUUCUAGGCGACACAACUCUCAUGCUCUACACUACAUGCACAGCCGAAACCGAGCCUACACCUCGUCCUCUGAACUCUUCCUGCUUGCAAGGACCAUGCGCCCUGGACAUCACCCUGUAUGGCCCCUUUGAGCUCUUUAACGAAAUCGGGGAUUGGCUUCAAGAAUACGGCGUCUAUUUGCAAGACCCUAGGAUAUGCCAUUUCGAUGCGAUAUACUGUAAUCCCCACCGACUGUCCUCGGAUGGACUAAGGUCAUGUCCAUAUGUUUCUCAAAUCGUUGCCCGGGCUUCGGGAAUAGUUCACUUCCAGGAGAUUGUUGAACAGCCUGAUUUGCUCGAUGUCAUCAGCUCUCAGGACGAGUUGGAAGAAGCCAUACAGCCACGAGUAAUAUCGGCAGCACUCCACAGGCAUCAAAAACAAGCGCUUACUUUCAUGCUACGCCGAGAAAAAGGCUGGUCCGUAGAUAGCGAAGGAGUCGAUAUAUGGGAAGCCUUUGAUUCCAGUCACGAGCGGACGUAUAUCAAUCGUAUCACCGGCGUUUACCAAGUUGAUGCCCCACCGCAAUUUCAUGGCGGCAUCAUUGCUGAUCCAAUGGGACUUGGGAAAACUUUGACGAUGAUAGCACUAGCUGCAACGGACAUAGAGACCCGCAUGAUCACGGACGACCUCUGGGGUUAUCUAGAAGACGGGAGACGCCCCGCCCCAGCUACAUUGAUAAUUGUUCCACAGCCUCUUCUGACGACGUGGGAAGAGCAAAUCUCCAAUCACGUUUCAGAGGGUGCAAUGAGGUGCCGCCGCCAUCACGGAAAGGCAAGGAUACAUGAUUUUCACGACAUCAAUGCCGUCAACAUCGUGUUGACGACCUACCAUACCCUUUCAGCGGAUUGGAAGGUCUGGAACUCCACGGGAGAACACGUCAUGUUUUCCGUACGCUGGAAGAGAAUAGUUUUAGACGAAGCACAUCUUAUCCGAAACAUGAAGACACGGAUGGCUCGCGCACUAUACGAUCUCGAUGCCGUUUCCCGAUGGGCGGUCACAGGCACUCCAAUCCAGAAUCAUCUCAGCGAUCUUGCCGCUCUUCUCAGGUUCAUCGGAGCCCAUCCGUACGACGAUCCGAAGCGAUUUGAUACCGACAUUACCCAUCUGUGGAAAGCUGGCGAAGACGAAGAAGCCGUGAAGCGAUUGAAGCGACUCUCACGCUGCCUCAUCCUCCGAAGAGCCAAGCGAACCAUCCAGCUUCCUCCUCGACAUGAUGUCAAGUGUCCUGUUGACUUCAGCAAGCCUGAAAGAGCCCUAUAUGAGAACAUCCGUCAGCAGACUAUCACCAGAAUCGAUGACGCUCUGGCCCACGACACCGAGCUCACUAGAUCUGGGGCGUAUGUCAACUUCCUCCAGCAGAUCGAAUCGAUGCGGCUCGUGUGCAAUCUAGGAGUCCAUUAUUACAGUCGUCACGACAACACCGCCUCGCAGGAUGCGAUGGACUGGGUAGCCACCGCUCAGAAGGCAUUCAAUAUCCAGCGCGAGAUGGAGCUAAUCAUCUGCUCUCAAUGCUCAUCAAGUCUUGAGAUGGCCGAGAGCUUGUUGGAUGAGAGUGCGAGCCAGGACAGUCCUCAGUUCUCCCGCUGCCUGAAGUACGCCUGCGCGGAGUGUUCCUACAAGUUACGUAUCGCGGGACACAAGAUGGUGUGCGGACAUACCCCACGAUGCCCCAUCGCUCCCGUUUCCAUCAGCAAUAGCGCAUUCGAGGAGUCUUUCGGUCAGGCAUCGAAACAGAGCAAACAACCACCGUCUCAAACGUCACUGCCCUCCAAGGUAGAGAUGUUGAUAUCCGACCUCAAGGCCUUGCAACCGGACGUUAAAAGUAUCGUCUUUUCAACAUGGAGGUUAACUCUCGAUAUCAUCGAAACCGGCCUCAACCAAGCUGGCAUUCGCAGCGUCCGCUUCGAUGGGAAGGUAUCCCAAGCGCAACGACAACCAGUACUGAACCAGUUCAAAACCGACCCCCACGUUCGCGUUAUACUAUUAACGCUGCAAUGCGGCGCCGUCGGUCUGACCCUCACCGAAGCUUCUCGCGCCUACCUAAUGGAGCCACAUUGGAACCCAACGAUCGAAGAGCAAGCGCUCGCUCGCAUCCACCGAAUCGGCCAAACUCGCGAAGUGACUACCGUUCGCUUCUAUGUACGCGACUCCUUCGAGGAAAGGGUCAUGGAGGUCCAAGAGUCGAAGAAGAACCUCGCUGGCGUCCUGCUGUCAGGGCACGAUGGGGGGCAGGCUGAUGACAGCCUUGGGGCACUUCAGAGAUUACGAUCCUUGCUGUGAUUGCUAUAUUGUCCGGCAAUGGGUGGUUAAUGCAGGCGCAUGUGUCAAGGAUAGAAUACGGGUUCCUUUUCUAUCUAGGUAUUCAGGCAUCUCUUCCAGAGGAUGCGAAUCUCCUGUCCGAUUUUAGAGACUAUCAUCUCCAGCGCUAUGAACGGCACGUCUCCUGUCAGAGACUGUCUCGCUGUCGCACACUUAGCCCCACCACGUAGCUACAUGUGAACCUCGAAAGACCAUGGCCGCACUUCUCUCGCAGAUAUCUUAUCUCGAGCUAGGACCUACGCCCAAGCGACGCUGU